AUGACGACGACAAGUGAUGCUGGGUCGGGCGAGGUGUUCAUCCCGUCGGUGCAUCUCCCUGCGCUCGCUCGUCGGCCUGCGCUGGGCGAGGUCGAGACAGCGCUAGGGCUGCUCGCCCGUGCCCUGCGAAUCGAGGGCGACGAGCACGUCUGGGUCGCCGCGCCGGACGUGGCCAGCGAUGAGCAAGAUAGCGGUGCUGCGGAGACGGACGAAGCGCCUGAGCGCGACGCCUCCGCUGCAUUCGAGCUGCGCCAUGCACAGACGUGGCUCACGGGCUGCGUGCGCAGCGGCCUCGCCUGGUGCUUCGCGCGCGACGACGAUGGUGAUGCCGCUGCUGCGGCGCUCGAUAAAGCGGCGGCGCUGCUGAGUGUGUGCGCCGGCAAGAGCGCAUCAGGUGCUGUCACACGCAUCUACCAUGUGCCGACGCCCAACGGCGCCGAGGUCGCCGUCUCUGUCCGCGAUGCAACACUCUCGGCGGACGCACUUGGCUCGCGCACUUGGGGUUCGGCACCGCUGCUCGCCAGACGCCUGCUCAGCCCCCUCGAAGCAGCGCUCAGGCACAGCAGCCAGCUGAGAAUCCUAGAGCUGGGAGCGGGCACUGGGCUCGUUGGCCUGGCCCUUGCGCUCUACUCGCAGCGCCUCGGCAUUGCAGCACAGGUGGCGCUUACAGACUACCACCCCGACGUGCUCUCGAAUCUGCAGUUCAAUGCUUCACUCAAUGCGCUCUCAGAGCCGAGCACGCUCGUCCGACGGCUCGACUGGCAAGACGACUAUGCCGGAGCAUCACACGCGCACGAGACCCAGACCGAAGAGCAGCGCGUUGCGCAGACGGCUCGUGACACGUGGCCAAGCCUCGAGAGUGGCUCGUGGGAUGCUCUCGUUGCAGCAGACUGCUGCUACGAGCACGACCAUGCGCUGUGGCUGCGUGCCGUGGCGUCGCAGCGUCUGUCGCGGGCCUUCGUGCACGAGUCGGACAGCCGAGAGGGCGCGGGAGCCGAUCUGCACGGCGGGCUUUACAUCCUCAAUGCGCUGCGGCAGACGCAUGCACACGAAGCGGCGGCCAUUCUCGCCGUCUUUCCGCUCGUCGACCCGCGCGCGAGCUCUUCCGGUGGGGCCCUGGCGCUGCGCACUGUCCGCACGCAGGACCUGCGAGCGCAAGACGACUUUGGUCCGCCGUCGAUGCGGACAGACGUGCCUCUGCACGGCGACGAUACCGUGCGCCGCCCCUUGGCGACACAGUCGGGACAGGCGACGCUGUUCCGUGCCUUCGAGAUUCGCUGGUGUCAAGUGGAUGAUUGA